AAAUAUAUUUGUUUAGCACAGAAAGUCUGUACUUUGUCCAUGGCCAGUGAUGAGGCUUAUGGGUUUUGUAGUACCCUGGACUACAGUGACCUCUAGCACUCAUUGUAACAUCACAUAGAGUAUUAUGAUUAUUUUUCUUUCCUCUAAUAACCUUUUAAACAUUAAAACAAUCAGUUUAUUUAGAACAGAAUUCACUAUUUAGGACAUUCCUUUUCUUUCUUCAGUGGUAAAAAAUUAUGCAUGUGUGUGUCUGGGCAGAGAAAUGCAUUUUUUUCUUGGAAGAACGAUGGAAGCUGGUGAGCCUCAUGAGUUCAAGGGGCUUGGGGUUGGGCUCGGGGAUUAGCCGGUGCUCAUGACCAGGAUCUGAGAGAACUCAGCCCUUAAAAUGGACGACCGCAUCAGACGAAGCUAUGGCACCGAAAUGUCAGACAGCAGGCUACUUUUUGGAGAAACAUCUGCCUGGAAUCGAAUCGUCAACCUUACUGUUGGUGGAUUUACAUCUGUUUUAGUGAUUGUAACCAUCAUCAGUUCAUUUGUCUUUCCUACACCUGCUCCAAAUGCUCUAAACGUCUUCUUUGGGAUCUGCAUCAUCAUGAUCUGCUCUUCAGUGUUGGUUCUGAUAUAUUGGUAUCGCCAAGGUGACCUGGAGCCCAAAUUCAGACACCUCAUCUAUUACACCAUAGCCUCGAUCGUCCUGCUUUGUUUAUGCGCAAACCUUUACUUCCAUGAUGUUGGGAGAUAACCAUUUUUCAUACACCUUAAAACUAUAAAAAAAAAACGUUUGUCAUCUUUUUCACAGCAAUCCAAUGAUUCGUCAUGUAUGUGAGUAGAGAGAAAUUCAGAGUAGAGAGAAUUCAUAUUAUAGAGAAAAUUGAGAGCUUUAUCUUUAACCUAUUUAAUUAAUUAUGCUGUUUGACACAUCUAACAGAAAUGAAUGUAUUUAUGUAUAAGGACAGAAUGUAUCUACACAUAGCUCACUGUCAAACUACACUGUUUAUGGUAGAUUACCUUAAAUAUGUACAGAUGGAUGGCAAAUUAAAGGAAAAACCUGAGUAAAUGAGUGGAGAAACAAAAUGAAUACAGAUGCUUCCAGAUUGAUGUACUGCAUGAUACAAUUAAGCAAUGAACAUGCUGCCAUGCUCUGUGGAAUGUAGAAAAAUGCUGAGCAGGCCCACCUGACCAAGUUGGAUCAAGAAGACAAGAGGAAAAGCGCUAAAUAACUUUAAAAGAGGGUUCAUUAUUGUGGCACGGAUGCAGGAGCUUCAGUUGCAAAGACUGUUGGCCAUUUUUAUUCUGGACUGAAUAGAAACAGUGACUAAAGUAACAUCUGCAUUGGGAAAGACAUCUGUACAUUGGGUGCACAUGCAAUG